UACAAACCUGUCUCAUCGAGCACCUUGGCGGAGACACAGAUUCCACAAGAGGCUGAACGCAUCCGCGCCCUUCAGAUUGAGCUCCUGAAGACCAAACAUAACCUGACCAUUACGUACGAUGGUGGCGCAAAUCGGCGCCGAGAGUCAUACUAUACAAUACACGUCACAACUCCUGCGGAGGCAGUUGUACGGCCGGAUGGAGAUGACGGUCGGCGUCCGUUCCUCAUUGAAGCCGCUGCUGGUCUCGGCUUCUCGCAUACCGGGGAAUGGAUUGCGCAGCAGAUGCUACAGGUCAUCAGACAGAUCGGGGAGGGACGCUUUGCAGCUGUGUCCUCUGAUAGCACAGGGAACACAAGGACAUGUCGACGCUUCCUAUGUGCAACAAUACGGACGAUUCUCGACCUGAGAGACCCGGUACACCACUCAAACUUGCCCAUCAAGAAUAUCUGUGCUCUCACCUUCUUCGACGAGGUCAUCUCAAAUCUACGUCGCACGCUCACGUUCUUCGCGCAUUCGGAUGAGGCGGUGAACGUCCUGUUUGAGGCGAGGGUGGAACUCGAUAUUGGACGCGGCUUGGAGAGCAUCGGUACAACGCGGUUUGCCACAAUCACAAUCUCGGCUGUUGCAAUGCGCCGUUGUCUUCCCGCGCUGAGGGAGAUCUGCACGACAAAGCGUGUACAUGUCGAGGAGACGAACCACUUGUUCAUGCGGAAUUCGCCUGCAAGCCUCACAUUCGAGACACAGCUCAACCAGCUAAUAGCUGUCACAUUACCGUUUGCAAAAGCUAUCACCUGUCUCGAGUCUACCCACUCGACCAUAGCUGAUGUGUUCCUGUUCUGGUGCGCAAUUGGUGCGUCGCUAAAACGAGUUCUCUCCGAUAUGUCAUCCGGAAUCCCUGGCGGCGUCAAAAGUGAGAUCCGUGCGAUCUUCAACACGCGAUGGCACGAGCUAUUCGAAGAGGAACCUAACAAGGAUGUGUACCUUGCUGCAGUGUAUCUGGAUCCAGAUUGGCGCGACUCGGCGAUCUUCAAGCACCCAAACCCGCUUGCAGCAGAGCGCAAGCGCAAGCGAUCUACGGCCGAGGCCUCAGGAGCGCAAUCAAGCCUACCGGGUGGUGCCUGUGAACCGAUCGUCACUCACCCGGACAUCGCAAAGCGUGUCGGUGCACGUCUUAUGGUGAUUCUGAAAGGCGAGGUCGAGAGCGGCAGCCACCCGCUGCUCCGUACUGACGAUCGCAAGGCACAGGGGGUGAUCAUAGAUCGCUUCUUGAUGCAAUUCCGCGCGUACGCACGGAACGAUUAUCCCUUCAACAGCCUUGCGCGGGAGCCUGGACAAUCAGUCCUCGAAUGGUGGACGACCCUGAAGAAAAUUCACGCCAGUGACGUUCUCGCGGCUAUUGCGAUCAAGAUGUACGCGGUUGUCCCGAACUCGAUGGCCGAUGAACGGACAGCCUCCACCUUCACAUGGUUGAACAGCGUGUCGAGGAACCGGCAAAAUCUCAAUUCAAUGGUGUCCCAGACACAAAUCCGACAGUAUUACAGAGCGCGCGCGAAGGUGAGUAUCAUUGUUGUAUUGUCUACUUAUAACUAAGCUAUGUACUGCCUUGGUUACCUUAAGGCACGUCCACAUUCCGACCCCAAGCCGUCCGUCAGAUUCUUUGAGAUCGACAGCCGACUCCGUGACGAUACCUCGGCUUCAAAAAAACCUGCAAAAGGCAAGUUUAAGGCUACGAAUACCAACUUACCG